CCACUGUGUGGAUGAUUGUGUCAUUGCAACCAAGCCACGCCCAUCGCUCGUUACGUCAUGACGUAAUUUCACGGCGUCAGCCAAAAUGGCGGAGUAUCUGGCAUCCAUCUUCGGCACAGAGAAAGAUAAGGUCAAUUGUUCCUUCUAUUUCAAAAUUGGAGCUUGCAGACAUGGGGAUCGCUGUUCAAGAUUGCACAACAAACCAACCUUCAGCCAGACGAUAUUGAUUCAGAACAUCUAUCGCAACCCUCAGAGCAGUGCACAGACCGCCGACGCGUCGCGCUGUGCCGUCAGUGAUGUGGAAAUGCAAGAGCACUAUGACGAGUUCUUUGAGGAGGUCUUCACUGAGAUGGAAGAGAAAUAUGGGGAGGUGGAGGAGAUGAAUGUGUGUGACAAUUUGGGUGACCAUCUUGUUGGCAACGUCUACGUCAAGUUCCGCCGUGAAGAGGAUGCAGAAAAAGCAGUCAUGGACUUGAACAACCGCUGGUUUAAUGCUCAGCCCGUCCACGCUGAACUUUCCCCAGUCACGGACUUCAGGGAAGCUUGUUGCCGCCAGUACGAAAUGGGAGAGUGCACAAGAGGGGGUUUCUGCAACUUCAUGCACCUGAAACCAAUAUCGAGAGAACUUAGACGAGAAUUAUACGGACGCCGCAGAAAAAGGCAACAUUCUCGCUCACGUUCCCGGGAAAGACGCUCCCAUUCCAAGGACCGACGACGGGAUGCCGAAAGACGACGGUCGAGACACAGAGAACGCUCGGGAAGGUUUUAAGUGAAGAAAAAGGCUUUUCAUGUAACACUUCUUUCUCUAAUACUCCGACAGUGAAAAAGUAUUUUGCGUUUUGAUGACUUAAGACCAUUCUUUUUGUUUUAUCCCCCUUUUUUAUGUAACGAUUAUGUCACUUUCACAAUAAAAAAGAUUUUGUUACUCUG